UUUUGAAUGUCAGGAUUCCAAAAUAUUGGGUUGCCCGAUUGGCUAGUUAAGCAAUGUGCUACUCUUGGUUUCCAAAAUCCAACUGAAGUCCAGAAGUCAUGCAUUCCGCCGACUCUCUCAGGUCGAGAUGUCUUGGGAUGUGCAAAAACUGGGAGUGGAAAAACUGCAGCUUUUCUGAUUCCAAUAUUAACACACUUGAGCAGAGACCCUUAUGGUGUUUUUGCAGUUGUUAUUUCUCCUACCAGAGAAUUGGCAUGUCAAAUUGUGGAUCAAGCUAAAGUUUUGGGCAAACCCAUUAAUAUACGAGUCAGUUUAGUGUGUGGCGGUCUAGACAGAUCGGAUCAAAGUCGCGAAGUUUCUGCUAAGCCUCACAUUGUAGUAGCCACUCCAGGAAGGCUAGCCGAGUUACUCAAAUAUGAUGAAAGUGUUUCCAUAAGCAAAAUUAAAUAUCUUGUUUUUGACGAAGCGGACCGACUGUUUGAAGAUUCAAUGGCUAGUUGUAUGAAAACUAUCAUAGAAAAUGCUCCUGAAAAGAGACAAACUCUUUUAUAUAGUGCAACACUGACAUCAGUUCUGCAACAAGUUCUAAAGCUUGCAAAAAAUGAACCUUUUCAAUGGUCCAACGACGAAUCAGAAACGACAGUUCAAGAAUUAGACCAAAAAAUGAUUUUUGUUGCGCCAGCAGCAAAAGACACGUAUUUAGUUCAUAUGGUGAAAUCCGAGCUGGAGAUUAAUCCAGAAGCGCAAGUUAUUGUCUUCACCUCGUCAUGCAAGCACUGUCAAGCUAUGAGUCAGUUUUUGCAUCAGGUGAAUGUGUCGAACGUAGCUUUGAACUCGGCAAUGCGACAAAAGUUGAGACUCUUGAGUAUCUCUAAAUUCAAAUCAAAACAUGCUCGCGUUUUGGUCACCACAGACGUAGGCAGUCGAGGUCUUGACAUCCCUGAUGUGCAUUUAGUUCUAAAUUUCAACGUUCCUUGGGAUUCCGAUACUUACAUACACAGAGUCGGUCGAACUGCAAGAGCUGGAGCAGCCGGCAAAGCCAUUACGUUUGUGACACCGAAUGAUCGCGAGAAAGUGGCGAAGAUUGAAGAGAGGAUCAAGAAGCAGUUGGAAGUCAUAGAAAUAGACGAGGAAGAACACAUUUUGCCCCUUAUGAUGGAGGUCAACGUUGGAAAGAGAAAAAGUGAAAUGAGUCUGGACAAGAAAGACUUCUUCGCAAAACAUAUGAAGUACAAAGCAAAGAAACGAAGAAAACUUAAUGCGGAGUCAAACUCGUUUGCUGCUUCGGAAUCUUGAGGAAACUUAGUUAAUAAAAUUUUCUAAAUUCACAGAAAAAUAAUAUUUCAAAAGAAUUGAAUUGACGAAUAACGGUCAA